AUGGGAACUGGCGCAUCUGCGAUCAACUCCUGCCAUUCACGGCUGUACCAAGAGGGCUACAAGUCCCUUCUGGAGGGACGCUACACGUACGCCGAGAUUUACUACGAUCAGGCUAUUGAAAAGCACGAGGGACAUUAUUUUUGGACCAGCCUGGGUGGGCUUAUUGAUUGGGAACGACGGCGAAAACACACGUUGGGGCAGAAUAAGUCGGACACCAAGCAGCGGAAGGAGCUACCCCAGGACGAGGUGACGGAGGAGGGCGCUUAUCCAGAGGUGGUAAAGAAGGCAGAUGAUGACAAUGAGCUUGACGUGGAGAUGGAGGAGGCGGGCGCGAGCGAGCCUAGAGGAAUUGAAAUUCCUCUCGACAGCCGGCUUGAGGCCAUCUUGGAGUACAUUCAGCUGCGUUCCGAUAUUGUGGACUCUUAUUUGAUGGCCUCCCGCUAUGAGGAGGCAGCAGCGCACCUGGACGUUAUUAUCUCCCAUACCCGCGUCUUUGUGCAGUUUCUUCGCUACGCCCGCGAGACUGAAGUGGAGGUGAGCAGUGAAGAUAACACCACAAACAAUCCGCUGGAGAUGGGUGCCGGGGUUGGAGGUGCUGCUAAUGGGGGUGGAGAAAACAUUCGCUUACGCCUAAACGCGUUGAUAGGGAACGACCUCGAGCGGGAAUCUAUACUUGACUGUCUUGAGCAGUACCUGCGUCUACACUGGGCCUCAGCCAUGGCAAACAGCGUCUACGCCUCCUCCGAACGGUUUAAGGAGGGGAAGGGCGAGAAGAAACGCAAGAAGGACCUUGACGCCGCCGUGUUGGCGUGCUCAAAGGUCCACCAGGAGUUGUACAACGUUGCCCUGCGCCGUGCAAAGAGCCUGACAAACACUGUUGUGUUGAACUUUAUUGAGGCGGCUAUGGAAGACAUGGAUGCCGAAUCCACCACGACGUCCAUUACAAGUGAGAACUACACCAACUCGAAAGGCAAGCCCCGCGUCAAUACUUUUUUUGAUAACUCUGAUAAUAAGCAAAUUCAGAAUAAGAACAACGGCAUUCUAGACCUUGUGAUGAAAAGGGGAGAGGAGUGUCCCAUCAAGGUGAGCCUGCAAAAGAUGCAUGAACGACGCUCACUUUGCCGUGAGGUACCUGCGCCACAACAAGCAUCUACGCUACGGUAUAUUAGCUGGAUUGAUGAUGAUAUUCGUCGCGUUGUGCCUAGCACAAACUACCACCUUGAGAUUCAGUGUGGCAUGGUGGAUGAAAAGCAGAAGAAGCAGCUGCAAAAGCGUUCCUUGAAGUUUGUCGCUCAGAAGCACUGCAACUACAACGAUCGCGUCCUGCUGGGGAAGAGCUUCGACGAGGAGAACGCGCUGCUCCUUUUUCCUGUCUUCCUCAUUCAGGCGGACGUGCAGUUUCAGCUUGGAGCCGCCACCAAGGGCAUUAAGAACCUCGAGCUUGUUGAGAAGCUCUCCACCCAGCUUUACGGCAUUGAUUCCGUGGAGCGGCAGAGCAUUAUGCGGUCUGUGAUGGAGUCCCGCAAGCGGGGUGGCUCGCUUUUUAUGAUGUUUGAGGAUUAA